AUGAAAUAUAAAAGAAAAUAUGAAAAUUAUUGGAAUAAAGAAAAGAUAGAAAAAAAAUUAGAAGAAAGAUUACAAGAACUUAAAAAUAAUGAAAUUAAAAGUAAAUCAAGAAUUAAAUUAUUAAAAACAAAAAUUUCUAAAUUAAAUAAAGCUUUAAAUGGAAAAAUUUAUAUAGGAGGACAAAUAUUACCAAAUAAAAAUAAAUCUAAUAAAUCCAACAAAUCUAACAAAUCCACUAAUAAAUCCAAUACCAGUACUAAUGGUACUACUAAGGGCAAGGGAGCUAAUGACACUUUUACUACUGAGGGAAAGGGAGCUAAUUCUACAGCCAUAGAGUGUACUACUACUAAUGGUACUACUAGUACUGAGGAUACUAAUACUAAGGAAGCCCCUAUCGGGGCUGUUACUGAGGAAACUGUUACCGUUGGAGCAAGCACCGUAACGGGCACCGUAAAGAAGAAAAGAAUAAAGAAAAUAUGUUAUAAAUGUAAGUAUAAAAUAAUUAAUAUAAUUAGGUAG